GUUGUUUUGUCAAAACAAAGAUUUUGUGCUGCGAGGGCUGUUUUUCUGAAGGUGCUUUUCGGUGUCCAGGAUGAAUAUCACACACAGAAAAGUCGCCAGGCUGGUGGUGGAUACAUUGAGAAAAAGAUUUUCCUAUCAGGCAGCUGCUCAGGUGUGUAAUUGGCGAGAAAAUCGUCUUGGAAAGAAGGAGGAUUUUCCGGCCACAUUGCCAGGAAGUUGGAAGUUCUUCUGCACGGUAAAGAGUGAUCCAAUUGGAGCUGCCUUGAUUGAUUUGGUGACCUAUGAAACGGUGUGCUCAGACACCCUUGAGGGGCUCUGUGAGUACUUUGAGCAGCUGGUUGAGGGAACACCGCAUCUUAAGUCUGGAGAUGUUUUCUAUUCCGAUGGAGUGCUCACCGUGAAACUGGGAGCAAAAUAUGGGACUUAUGUGAUAAAUCGGCAGUCCCCAAAUCGACAAAUCUGGCUGAGUUCCCCCACAAGUGGCCCCAAACGCUAUGAUUUCAUUCCCGGAGAGAAUAAAGGUCCUGGGAAAUGGAUAUAUAAGCACGACAGCAGGAGUCUCCAUGAACUUUUGCAGGAAGAAAUUCAGGAAAUUGUUCAGAAGGACGUGGAUUUCUUCAGCCUCCCACAUAGUGGCAAAGCCUGACCAGAAUAGUUGGAUAGGAAUCAUGUGAAAUGCCAAGAAUCUUCCCAAGAAGACGCCUGCAGGACUCUCGCCACAUGCAGAAUUAAAAUAAAUUAGAAGGAUAAAAUGUUUUUUUUUUGGUACAAAGUUUGUUUUAUUUUUUCUGAGUUAUAGCCUCUUUAGACACGGGGCUUAAGCCUUGAAUUACUAAACCUUUGCCAAUUUGAGCUUUAACUCUGGGGAUUAAUUUUGAAGAUUUUUUUUUGCUUUAACGUCUUGUCUGAUGCUCAAAAUUGUCCAUUAAGAUGAAUAAUCUUCUUUUAAAUGAAUUUCCUUAAACUGAAAACCUUCAAAACGGAAAGAGAAUUUUCAUUAAUUUAUGAAUUUUCUGUUUAAAAAAUUCUUUUGAAAUUCAUUUUAAGAAUUUGAUCCAUUUUCACAUGGAAAGUCAAUCAUAACGCGUCCAGUUAUUAGAGUUGGUAUACCACAACGCGGAUGGGUCAGUCUAUGCGUUGUAAUUUAAUUUGUGAGUAGUAUUAGUAGGCAAAGUCGAUUUUUUGUGAAAUUUAGCAAUUUGACAGAUUAAAAUGCUUAUAUCUUAAGUUCUAUUAGACCUACAGAAAUUUCUUGACUAG